UCCUGUGUGUGCCACAGGGGUGGGGUGUCCAGCGAGCCGUCUCCUCCUCCUGCUAGUGCUGCUGCGGCGUCCCGCGGCCUCCCCGAGUCGGGCGGGAGGGGAGAGCGGGUGUGGAUUUGUCUUGACGGUAAUUGUUGCGUUUCCACGUCUCGGAGGCCUGCACGCUGGGUUGCUCCUUCUUCGGGAGCGAGCUGUUUCAGCGAUCCCACUCCCCGCCGGGGCUCCCCACACACACUGGGCUGCGUGCGUGUGGAGUGGGACCCUCGCACACGCGUGUCUCUGGACAGCUACGGCGCCGAAAGAACUAAAAUUCCAGAUGGCAAACUCAAUGAAUGGCAGAAACCCUGGUGGUCGAGGAGGAAAUCCCCGAAAAGGUCGAAUUUUGGGUAUUAUUGAUGCUAUUCAGGAUGCAGUUGGACCCCCUAAGCAAGCUGCAGCAGAUCGCAGGACCGUGGAGAAGACUUGGAAACUCAUGGACAAAGUGGUAAGACUGUGCCAAAAUCCCAAACUUCAGUUGAAAAAUAGCCCACCAUAUAUACUUGAUAUUUUGCCUGAUACAUAUCAGCAUUUACGACUUAUACUGAGUAAAUAUGAUGACAACCAGAAACUUGCCCAACUCAGUGAGAAUGAGUACUUUAAAAUCUACAUUGAUAGCCUUAUGAAAAAGUCAAAACGGGCAAUAAGACUCUUUAAAGAAGGCAAGGAGAGAAUGUAUGAAGAACAGUCACAGGACAGACGAAAUCUCACAAAACUGUCCCUUAUCUUCAGUCACAUGCUGGCAGAAAUCAAAGCAAUCUUUCCCAAUGGUCAGUUCCAGGGAGAUAACUUUCGUAUCACAAAAGCAGAUGCUGCUGAAUUCUGGAGAAAGUUUUUUGGAGACAAAACUAUCGUACCAUGGAAAGUAUUCAGACAGUGCCUUCAUGAGGUCCACCAGAUUAGCUCUGGCCUGGAAGCAAUGGCUCUAAAAUCAACAAUUGAUUUAACUUGCAAUGAUUACAUUUCAGUUUUUGAAUUUGAUAUUUUUACCAGACUGUUUCAGCCUUGGGGCUCUAUUUUGCGGAAUUGGAAUUUCUUAGCUGUGACACAUCCAGGUUACAUGGCAUUUCUGACGUAUGAUGAAGUUAAAGCACGACUACAGAAAUACAGCACCAAACCCGGAAGCUAUAUUUUCCGGUUAAGUUGCACUCGUUUGGGACAGUGGGCCAUUGGCUAUGUGACCGGGGAUGGAAAUAUCUUACAGACCAUACCUCAUAACAAGCCCUUAUUUCAAGCCCUGAUCGAUGGCAGCAGGGAAGGAUUUUAUCUUUAUCCUGAUGGGAGGAGUUAUAAUCCUGAUUUAACUGGAUUAUGUGAACCUACACCUCAUGACCAUAUAAAAGUUACACAGGAACAAUAUGAAUUAUAUUGUGAAAUGGGCUCCACUUUUCAGCUCUGUAAGAUUUGUGCAGAGAAUGACAAAGAUGUCAAGAUUGAGCCUUGUGGGCAUUUGAUGUGCACCUCUUGCCUUACGGCUUGGCAGGAGUCGGAUGGUCAGGGCUGCCCUUUCUGUCGUUGUGAAAUAAAAGGAACUGAGCCCAUAAUCGUGGACCCCUUUGAUCCAAGAGAUGAAGGCUCCAGGUGUUGCAGCAUCAUUGACCCCUUUGGCAUGCCGAUGCUCGACUUGGACGACGACGAUGAUCGAGAGGAGUCCUUGAUGAUGAAUCGGUUGGCGAACGUCCGAAAGUGCACUGACAGGCAGAACUCACCAGUCACAUCACCAGGAUCCUCUCCCCUUGCCCAGAGAAGAAAGCCACAGCCUGACCCACUCCAGAUCCCACAUCUAAGCCUGCCACCAGUGCCUCCUCGCCUGGAUCUAAUUCAGAAAGGCAUAGUUAGAUCUCCCUGUGGCAGCCCAACGGGUUCACCAAAGUCUUCCCCUUGCAUGGUGAGAAAACAAGAUAAACCACUCCCAGCACCACCUCCUCCCUUAAGAGAUCCUCCUCCACCGCCACCUGAAAGACCUCCCCCAAUCCCACCAGACAAUAGACUGAGUAGACACAUCCAUCAUGUGGAAAGCGUGCCUUCCAGAGACCCACCAAUGCCUCUUGAAGCAUGGUGCCCUCGGGAUGUGUUUGGGACUAAUCAGCUUGUGGGAUGUCGACUCCUAGGAGAGGGCUCUCCAAAACCUGGAAUCACAGCGAGUUCAAAUGUAAAUGGAAGGCACAGUAGAGUGGGCUCUGACCCAGUGCUUAUGCGGAAACACAGACGCCAUGAUUUGCCUUUAGAAGGAGCUAAGGUCUUUUCCAAUGGUCAUCUUGGAAGUGAAGAAUAUGAUGUUCCUCCCCGGCUUUCUCCUCCUCCUCCAGUUACCACCCUCCUCCCCAGCAUAAAGUGUACUGGUCCGUUAGCAAAUUCUCUUUCAGAGAAAACAAGAGACCCAGUAGAGGAAGAUGAUGAUGAAUACAAGAUUCCUUCAUCCCACCCUGUUUCCCUGAAUUCACAACCAUCUCAUUGUCAUAAUGUAAAACCACCUGUUCGGUCUUGUGAUAAUGGUCACUGUAUACUGAAUGGAACACACGGUCCAUCUUCAGAGAAGAAAUCAAACAUCCCUGACUUAGGCAUAUAUUUAAAGGGAGAUGUUUUUGAUUCAGCCUCUGAUCCAGUGCCAUUACCACCUGCCAGGCCUCCAACUCGGGACAAUCCAAAGCAUGGUUCUUCACUCAACAGGACGCCCUCUGAUUAUGAUCUUCUCAUCCCUCCAUUAGGUGAAGAUGCUUUUGAUGCCCUCCCUCCAUCUCUCCCACCUCCCCCACCUCCUGCAAGGCAUAGUCUCAUUGAACAUUCGAAACCUCCUGGCUCCAGUAGCCGGCCAUCCUCAGGACAGGAUCUUUUUCUUCUUCCUUCAGAUCCCUUUGUUGAUCUAGCAAGUGGCCAAGUUCCUUUGCCUCCCGCUAGAAGGUUACCAGGUGAAAAUAUCAAAACUAACAGAACAUCACAGGACUAUGAUCAGCUUCCUUCAUGUUCAGAUGGUUCACAAGCACCAGCUAGACCCCCUAAACCACGACCCCGCAGGACUGCACCAGAAAUUCACCACAGAAAACCCCAUGGGCCUGAGGCGGCAUUAGAAAAUGUCGAUGCAAAAAUUGCCAAACUCAUGGGAGAGGGUUAUGCCUUUGAAGAGGUGAAGAGAGCCUUAGAGAUAGCCCAGAAUAAUGUCGAAGUUGCCCGGAGCAUCCUCCGAGAAUUUGCCUUCCCUCCUCCAGUAUCCCCACGUCUAAAUCUAUAGCAACCAGAACUGUAGACACCAAAAUGGAAAGCAAUCGACAUAUUCCAGGAGUGUGGAAAUGAGAGAACUGAGACGGAAUUCAAGCGAGAAGUGUCUCCUCCUCGUGUAGCAGCUGGAGAAGCGGCUUGGGAGCGCAGCUUCUCAGAGGAGACCGAUGCUUGCUCAGGAUGUCGACUGCUGUGGCUUCCUUGUUUUUGCUAGCCAUAUUUUUAAAUCAGGGUUGAACUGACAAAAAUAAUUUAAAGACGUUUACUUCCCUUGAACUUUGAACCUGUGAAAUGCUUUUCCUUGUUUACAAUUUGGCAAAGUUGCGGUUUGUUCUUGUUUUUAGUUUAGUUUUGUUUUGGGUUUUUGAUACCUGUACUGUGUUCUUCACAGACCCUUUGUAGCGUGGUCAGGUCUGCUGUAACAUUUCCCACCAGCUCUCUUGCUGUCCACAUCAACAGUUAAAUCAUUUAUUCAUUUGGCUCUCUACCAUCCCCAGGCCCUGCCCAGGUCCAGUUCCAUUUCUCCCAUUCACAAGAUGCUUUAAAGGUUCUGAUUUUCAACUGAUCAAACUAAUGCAAAAAAACAAAACAAAAAAAAUUCUGUGUUCUUCACUACUGAGUUUCUUCUUUGGAAACCAUCACUAUUGAGAGAUGGAGAAAACCUGAAUGUAUAGAGCAUUUAUUUGUCAAUAAACUGCCUUUUGUAAGGGGUUUUCACAUAACAUCGAGGAGCUUCCCGUUUUAGUUUAAGCUUUGUGACCUUUAAUCCUCCAUAUUCUCAUGUCUGUCAUCCCAGGGUUUCACAACUGUAAAAAUCUACAAUACUAGAAAGCAGCUACUACAGAUGUGGAAGAUGUAACACUUGUAUAAGACAAUGCUGUACUGAAGUUAUAUAACAAGGCCCUCUGAUACUUAUGCCUACAUUACUUUGAGGGAUGCUGAAUGAGAGGGCACUCUCCCUGAAAUAUAUUAAUAAUUCUCAGAUAAAAUUAUGGGCAUACCUUUUCUGAAGUGGAAUUAGAGUUCAUUUCCCAUUUGAGUGAUUACAUUCUAGCUCCUGAGAGCUAUGGGAACCAGUUCAUACUGCAGUGGAAACAUUAAUUCUUUGAUGCACUGUUAAGUGUCAAGGCUACUACUGUGGCGAUGUUUUUUGCAAAGUUCUCAGUAAUUUCCUCUCUGCAAUCAAAUUAGAGUUCAUAUUUAAUUUGCAGAUUCUCUCAUUCAUUGCUCCACACUGCUCUGUCAAAUCAGGUGAAAGAAAUUAAUACAGUUUUACCUUUUUUACAAAAUGGUGGUUGGUUCGUCAGACACCAUGUUAUUACUCUUAAUAAAUCUACAACUAUUUAUUGAGCAUCUAUGAUGUGCUAGGUGCUAUUAGGCACUGUGUUUUUAAAGCACAAACUCUCAAAAGCUGAUUCCAGCGUAAUGUUUUAUUUUUGUUUUUCUGUAUUUUUUAUGACAAAGUGUCUGAUAAGACAAAGCCUGGAAAGUUUCCCCCAAAGCUUUAGAAUUUAGAAUUAGCUGUUACUCAUUUCUAAUGAGAAAUUAAUGGAGAAAUGAGAUAAAAUCAUCUCUGUGUAAGUGCUUGAAGCCACAGAAAGUUUUCUAAAUACGGACUAAUUGUGGGUUUGUGCAUAUUUCUGUGUCUCCCCUUUUCACUUCACACCCACUGUGAUAUACAAAGAUGCAUCAGAUAGUGAGCCUGCCUUCAGGACUUGGAAGGACAUGACUGAACAUCUAGUAGAUCUGGUGGAAAUUAAUGUUAUACAAAGGACAUGUAGACUAAGUUGACCCUGGGAGAGGAGUUAAUGCAUUCCUUUGCAAAGUGACAUGUGCCCUUUUUUUUUUUUUUUUUUUUUGACAGUCUUGCUUUCAUGGUAUGAGAUGAGAACUCACAGGCCUUGGGUAAUUUCUGCUUUUGUAUGAAUUUUUUCAGAUGGUUCUGAGCUGGUUAUGUCCCUGGAGGGGAAUUUUUCAUCUGCCUUAGAUGUUCUUCCCAGAAGUAGGUAUAUGAGCGAAGUUUUUUACACUUUUAAAAUUGUAUUGGCACGUUUUCUUUUGCUUUAUGAACCCCUGUUUUGUCAUUGUGAUUUUUCACUUGUUUUAACAGUUUCAGAUGUCACCUUGGAGUAGCACAGUUUAUUUUGGCCUUUUUAUGAUUGCUGCUGAUAGGUACAAUCUAAAAGCCAAAAGUUGCCACUUCAUUGUGAUAACAUUGUUAUAACAUUCCUAAUAGAGAAUGAUGUAAAAUAAGAAUGUUAGAAAACAGCACAUUCUCAUUCCGUUUAUAAAUAAUAUUUGAAAAUUUCCAGUGAGAAUUAAAAAAGAAGGACUGGUGAUGAUAUAGCAAACCUGGACCUGAAAUUUGUGGGAGGGAUAUCUAUUUUGCAGAGAAAAUUUACCAGCCUCCACCAAAUCUCUGCAUCUUGUACUCAAUAGCAACCAUUAGUAUUGUCAUUUGAAAAGAAUGAAUCAAAAAUUCAUACAGAAUGGAAUGAAAAGAGGAAACCUUUCUAUUAAACACUGUCAACAAAGACCCAUUGCUAUCUAUCACCUAUGAAAUUAAACCUAAAAAAAAAAUUUUUUUGAGAAAAUAAUUAAAUGUUUUUUUAUUGUAAAAGCGACUGAUAGUUGAUGUUUGGAAGUGAUCCAGACUUUGUUUCACUGUGAUUCAAAAAGUUAGACAUUCCUUCCAUUUCUCAAGAUUUGGUAACGCAAAUAUUUUUUUAAGUCAGCAUUUCAUAUAAUUCAUAAAAUUAAGACAAAUUAAUUUAUUGAUAUCUGGCCAAUGUGAACCCUUCUCACCCAACCCAAACGUGUUCUGGAGGUAGAAGGACUUAUCCUCAAUUAUAUUCCAGUAAAUUUAUCACCAUAAUCUGUUUUUUCUCCUAACGUAUGAUAUAUCCUUACCAAAUUUUUCUAGAAUAAAAGCAGUUUUUGCUUAACUUGAAUUUCCUUCCACAAAUAUGACCUUCAGCUCUUCCCUCUCCGUUUCUCUUCUGCCCACAUUGCAAAUAGUCUUCAUAAUAGAGCCCUCAUUGCAACUUAAAAGGGUCCCAUUUGUUAACUCAGCAUUUCAUAUACCAAGAACACUUGCAAAGAUUUGUUCGUAAUGUGAAUUUUUUAUUUUUCAGUUCCAGAAACAUUUCCUACAGUUUGAACGUUACUUUUUUAUCUCAGAUUUUCAACUUGAAGCUUUGAUUUGCACUGAAUUAACUUGGUUAAAAUGUUAGUUUCUCUUCAGCUAACAGAUUUGAAAGCAAAUUACAGUAUAUUUGAAUAAUUCAGGUACUGCCUGUUGACCUGGAAUUUUAGUGAUUCUGGGAAAGUUUUCCAGACAAAGACACCGAUAGAGUGAAGGGUUUUUUCCCCAAUUACUAUUUUAUUGUUUUUUUAAAUGCCUUUUUAAAACUUGUGUAAUGUGGCAAAAUAGUCACAUGUUCCAUUAAUUUAUAUUUUCUUCAUUCCUUUUCAAUUCUGGUUAUUAUGUAACCUCAACUAUUUUAUCUGUUCUUUUAAGGUAUUUUAUAAAAUGAACAUUAACCAAAUGCAGAGUUGGUAUUUUAUUUUUCAAAUGAACACAAAAAUUUUAGAGCAUUUCUAUGUUGUAAGUUUUCUUCUUCAUGUCUAAUUGAACAAAGUGGUGCAAGGUAUACCCACCCUAGGUAAUUUAGUUAUUAAAUACCAAAAUCAUAAUUUUAAGAUAGCAUAAUAGAUAAAAUUGUCCCUAUGUCAUAGAUUUGAAAGUCAAAGGUGUAUCAAGGUUCCAAGUAAGAAAUAUCCUAUCUAGGAAAUGCUGAAAGUCUUCAGGAUGAUGUACUAUAAUAUAUAAUUAAUUGAUAAUUGAGGGUGCUGAUCAACCAUACCAUCUGGUCUUUAAAAUCCCCGUUUCUUAAAUCAUUUUUUCACUGAUCAGUAUAUAGUGGGGAGAGAACAACAGAGAUAACAAUGUUAAUAACUGCUUUGAUAUCAAGAAUCAUGGCAGAAUGUUGUGAAAGUAAUUGUUACAUGCAAAAUUCCAUGCAUAGCAAUAACAGUUACUUCCUGGAGGCACAUACCGUGAAAUGGGAGACACACAUAAGCAAGUAAUUCCAAUACAAAAAUGUUGUGUACAACGUACCACAUUGUACUAGAAUUAUGUCUAUAUGGUAAGUGCUUAAGAACUAAUUAUUGAGCCCUUACUAUGUGUAAGGAGUUUAGUGUCAAAGCAUUUAAUGCUUUCGACAGCCCUGCCUGUUUUAGGACUGUGGAAGAGAAGUUGGGAAUGAUGUUUCUCAUAGAAAGUUUGAGAACCCAUAAGAUUAAGUAGUCUUUUGUAAGCCUAAAAGGAGCAAGGUUUUGUUGUUGAUAUUAAGAAAGAAAUUCAGAGUUAAAGCUUUUCAAAUAGGAAGAACACACAUAAUAAAAUACUGUUUUUUAAGCAAAGGUGAGAUGCCGCUUAUCAUUAGUUCAGUGCUUUGAGAAGACUGUUCUCCUAGCCCCCCCGAGAAACCUCUGUGGGACUCAUUAAGAGACUGGUGGCAGAACUUCCACUCCUGUGUCCUAAGAGUCAUCAUAAGCAGAAGAGGAUGGACUGGAGGGGUACCUGGGAAUAGUGAGUGAUGACUGAGAAUGUUCUGAGUUUGGUCCACCUCUCCCAAUUCAACUAAUGAUAGCUCCCAGAGAGCACCAAUUGUAGAUAUUAGGGAACUGGCAUUUUAUUCUAUUAGAGUCCAUACAGUGGACUUACUGAUGUGCCAUCUGUGGUUAUUAGAGCAGGGUAGAACAAAACUAGAGAGGAGUCAGCAGUCAAUCAGGUAAUAAGCAUCCCCACCAUUGGGAGGACAAGGAUACAUCAUACUCCCCGGGGACAGGCAGAGCCCUGUCAAGGCAACUGAGCUGGAGUUGUCUUGGCAGGACCCAAGGAGGCUUCCUGCCAGCCACAGUAACCCAAGCAGCAAGAGACUUUGGGGUAUGCAUUGCUGGACCAGGCACAAGGAAGUCAAGCCAGUGGAUAUCUGAUGUAUCUGAUGUAUCAGACACUAACCGAGUGGCCUCCCACUUGAGCUUGACAACAAAGUCCACAUUUGAGAACUUACCGCAUGGGGCAAAAUACAAAAUCAAACAUGCCCUAUAAUAGCACUUGUAAAAAUAAUUCUACUUCUUCCCUAAAGUCUUCUUCCCCUACCCCAAUCCCAAAGAAGCAGAAAUGUCAGAAUGAAGAGUGGUAAAAAAGGGUUUAUCUUGCUCUUUCUCUGCUCCUAGUCCCUGCGGUUAAGGGCUGCCCAACACUGGGAGAGAGUGGACAGGCUAGACUGAAUUAGAAUGCAGGUAAUUAAACAAGGAAAGAUAAAAAUUAAUAGUCAAAAUAAGUGAUUACAGAAAAAAAUCUCAACAUACCAUGUUGGCAGCCCACAAGGUUCAAGAUGUUUAGUAAAUUACUAAAAAAAAACAUAAAAACAUAGACAUUUCAUUUCAAAUGAACUUCAGUGGUUUCCUUAGCUUAACAAAAAGUAUUUAUAGUCAGAUAGCCAUUAUUAGAGGGUCCUCUGGUGAGAUGGUGUGGAUUGGACAGAUGCAUUUUAUUUCUCUGGAAAUACUUCCUGCCUGGCAGGCUCAGAGAGCUCACCCCUCGAGAUGCAAAUUCUACCUAAAGCCCCCCACAGUCUCUUGAGCAGAGACCCUCUCCUCUGUCCCUCAGCAGUGCAGGGCCCAAUCUCACCCCGUUCUCCCUUCACUACAAGCAUUGCUUCCCCCUCAGUAAACUCUUCAACCCUCAUUUGUUAGCUUGUUUACGAAGUAAACAUCAGGGAAGUAAAUAUCAGGGACAUGAAGUAAGGACAGGAAGUAAAUAUCAGGGACAUGAAACAAAACGUCUGGCAGCGACUUCCCCAGGACAUCGGUGACUGUUCUCAAACUACUCUCAAAAGGAGCUUACGUUUCCCUAAAGAACCAUUCCAAUGUAAGAUACAAAGUAUCCUUGCAGAAAAUUAAACUUAACCACAAGUGCCUAGGCCCUAGGCUAUUUAGACAUGAAUCAAAAACAGCAGUACCAAGGCACUUACUUGUAUAAAUGUUUAAUCAAGAGUGAUGCUUAAUGUCUAUCUGGAAUUUCUUGCAAAAAAAAAAAAAA